CAACGACGACCAUAGUAUUUUCUCACGGCCUCCCUACCUGCCGCCGUCUUCUGCCCUUUCUUCCCCUUCCCCAAAAAGGUUCGUGGUGAUGGCUGCUUGUCUCCAUUACCUAAAAUCCCUACCAGUUCUCUUCUUUUUCUUCCACGUCAUCUGCGCUCAGGUCCCCUACCACGACUGCCUCACCACUGCUCUAAACUAUACCAGCAACAGCACCUACGAAAACAACCUGAACCGUCUCUUGGCGUCUCUCAGAGAAAACGCUUCCUUCACAGGCUUCUACAACACUAGCGUCGGCAAGGGCGCCGACCAAGUUCAUGGCCUGGUGCAGUGCUACAAAGAUAUCUCCGCCGGUGACUGCAGCACCUGUGCGGACUCCGCUGCCUCUCAGAUCCUAGAACUAUGCCCCAACAGCAAGGCGGCCGUCAUAUGGUUCGACAAUUGCCUCUUACGCUACACCAGCUUCAAUUUCUUCGGGAUCAUAGACGAGUCCAAAAACAGUUAUGUGGACGGAGAUAGCAUCCCCAACCCCGUACAAUUUAAACAACUUCUGCGGUCCUUCUUCAACAACCUCAGUAUGUCAGCCACCACUAAAAACUCAACCCUCAUGUAUGCGACUGGUUAUGUUUGGUAUACAGAUAACAUCACUCUGUACGGUCUGGUCGAGUGCACAGGAGACUUAUCAUUGAAAUCCUGCGACUCGUGUUUAAAGACUUCCAUUACUACCAUCUGGCAGUGUUGCUCAGACAGAGAGAGUGCCAGGAUUCUGUCCCCUAGCUGUGUGAUAAGAUACGAGAUCUACCCUUUCUAUGGAAGCUUAACUCCGGCGCCGGCACGGCCGGCUUCUUCACCACCACCACCACCAGCUAACCAGUCUACGACUCCCUCAACUCCGGACAAUUUUCCUGUAUCUGGUGGGGAUUCCUCGAAGACUGCGGUGAUCCUGGGCACGUCAGUCUCCGUAUUUCUGCUGCUGCUGUUGUGCAUUUUCUUGGUAUGCUUCUUUAAGAGGAGGAAGAGUCGGCGUCAGGGUACACCAGAUACAAGUGGCAUGGAAGGCAUUCGAUCAAUGAUUUAUGACUUGAAUUCUAUUAAAGUUGCCACCAACAACUUCACUGGGGCAAACAAACUUGGAGAAGGUGGCUAUGGCCCAGUGUACAAGGGCGAGCUACCAGAUGGUCAAAUAAUUGCAGUAAAAAAACUUUCUAUGAAUUCUACGCAUGGAGUCACUGAAUUCAAAAAUGAGGUAGCAUUGGUCGCCAAACUUCAACAUAGGAACUUGGUUAGGCUUCUUGGUUGUUGCUGUGAACAAGACGAGAAAAUACUUGUCUAUGAAUAUGUGCCUAACAAAAGCCUAGACAAUUUUCUAUUUGGGCGUGCAUCAAAAAGGGAUCUGCUGGACUGGGCGACACGUUUUAAGAUCAUUGCAGGAAUAGCAAGAGGCAUUUUGUAUCUUCACGAAGACUCUAGGCUAAGGGUUAUACACAGGGACUUGAAAGCAAGCAACAUCUUGUUAGAUGAAGAUAUGAACGCUAAAAUAUCCGACUUUGGACUGGCAAGGCUUCUUGGGAUGGAACAAACACAUGGCAACACAAGCAAAAUUGUUGGAACAUAUGGGUAUAUGUCACCUGAGUAUGCUAUGAAAGGUCAAUUCUCUACUAAAUCAGAUAUUUUUAGCUUUGGAGUCUUGUUGUUGGAGAUUGUUACUGGCGAAAGAAACGCAGCAUUCUAUCGAGCAGAUUAUUCUGGUGAUAUUGUUGGUUAUGUGUGGAGGCUCUGGAGAGAAAACAGAGCACUAGAACUGGUAGAUCAAAGGAUGCCAGAGCCACUGCAAAAAAAUGAAAUAUUAAGAUGCAUUCAUGUGGGCCUACUAUGCGUCCAAGAAAAUGCAACAGAAAGACCAACAAUGUCUCGAGUGGUUCUCAUGCUCAGCAACACCUCAAUGACACUUGCAGCCCCUUCUAGUGUCGGAUCAUUGGGAGGGAGAAGCAAAAUGAGUAAGCCCAUUUUGAGAAUGCAUGAUUCGAAGCAAGGGAUGAGCGGUCCCCUCUUCGCUUCAUCUGUAGCUUGCGAGGAUAAACGGACCUUCUUCAUCAUCCAUAAGCGCCGUCCAGGAUUUCCCUUCCUUAAAUCUAAGGAGAUUGAAACAUCUCCAUGUGUUGGUUCAUCAGUUAGUCCUCAAGCACUAAGAAGAAGGUGUGAAAUGGAGUUCAAGCUUAGGUUUGCUAUCUUUCUUCUCCUCCUGAUUCAUGCUUUCAGUUCAAAUGAUUUCAUUGGCAAUUCGUGCCCGAUCGGAUUGAAUUAUACUACAAACAGCACUUUCGAGCGCAAUCUGAGGAGCCUCUUUCUCUCCUUAUCUGGCAAUGCCUCGAUAGCUACCUUCUAUAACAUGAGUUUUGGCAGAACUCCCGAUCAAGUUUAUGGCAUGGUUCUGUGCAGAAAUGACGUUUCUGCUGAUAACUGUCGCACUUGCACCACCAAUUCAACUAUGGAGAUGGUCCGGCUGUGCCCAAAUGCCAAACAAGGGGUUAUAUGGUACGAAAACUGUGAACUACGCUACUCGAAUGAGAAUUUCUUUGGUGUGGUGGAUUACGAGGAUGAAGCCUAUUGGUGUUGGAUAGACCGCAAAAUCAAUGACGAAGUUUUGUUCUAUAAAGGGCUCACCGCAUUGAUGAAUAAUUUAAUUGAGAUGACGACGACUGAUCCUUCCAUGCUCAUGUUCGCUGCCGGAGAAAUUGAGUUGUCGGUGAGUCAGAAGAUAUAUGGGCUGGUGCAGUGUACAAGAGACGUAUCGAUGAGUGAUUGUAGGUUUUGUUUGGAAAAAGCCGUCUCCCUUAUCCCCGUCUACUGCAGCGGGAAGAUGGGUGGUCAGGUCCUCAAGGGAAGUUGCAAUGCAAGGUUCGAUACCAAUAUCCCGUUUUUCUACUCCAAAUCCAUAGUCAUAUCGCCUGAAAAUCCUGACAAUUCAUCAGCGAAAGGCAGUGAAAGAGGCAACAAAGGGACCGUUGUAGUUACAGUAAUCACGGUUUCAGGUGUCCUUUUGCUUCUUAACCUCCUGACUUGUGCUGUUUGCUGGUGGUUGAAGAGGGGAAGCUGCACAAAGAAAAGCAGAGUUGAAGAAGGCGCAUUAGAAGGAAAAGAUAGAGAAAGAGAAAGGCCUAGAGCUAUCAUGUUCGACUUUGGCACCAUCAGAGCUGCUACCCGCGACUUCUCUCUGGCAAACAAACUUGGAGAAGGUGGAUUCGGUCCUGUUUAUAAGGGAACAUUGAUAAACGGCCAAGAGAUUGCAGUGAAGAGACUGUCAAAGAGCUCCCGUCAAGGUGCAAGAGAGUUUAACAAUGAGGUGGAAUUAGUAGCAAAACUUCAGCACAAUAACCUUGUUCCGCUUCUGGGCGGCUGCAUGGAAGGAGAUGAAAGGCUACUCGUUUACGACUACCACCCCAAUGGAAGCUUAAACAACUUCAUCUUUGGGAAUCCAACCAAACGCGCUCUCCUGGGAUGGCCCGCAAGAAUGGACAUCAUAAUGGGAGUGGCAAGGGGACUUCUUUAUCUUCACGAGGAUUCCCGACUCAAGGUCAUCCACAGGGAUCUCAAAGCCAGCAACAUUCUAUUGGAUGAACAAAUGAAACCAAAGAUUUCGGACUUCGGGAUGGCCACCCUCUUCGCCAACGACCAGACACAUGCUAUAACAACCAGAGUUGCGGGAACCUUUGGUUACAUGGCGCCGGAGUACAUCAUGAAAGGGCAGAUUUCAGUAAAGGCAGAUGUUUUCAGCUUUGGAGUUCUCCUUUUGGAGAUUAUCAGUGGUAGGAGAAAUGCUUCUGCAGAGGAAUCGGAUGGGGACCGGGACCUUCCAAAUUAUGCAUGGAGGCUUUGGAACGAAGAGAGAGCAUCUGAACUGAUGGAUCGCCAUGUCAUGGUCGAUCAAAGUAACAACAGCAACCGCAUUGAAGUGCUGAGAUACAUUCAAGUUGGGCUGCUUUGCGUACAAGAGCAAGCAGCCAGCAGACCGAAGAUGUCGAAGGUCGUCCACAUGCUGGACAGCCCAUUUAUGCAGCUCCCAUCUCCCUCACCACCUGCCUUCUCUACAGCGAGGAACACGGGGGGAGCACCUAAGGGUUCAGACGUUGACGAAAUUGUUGGAUCAUGUGUUGCAAGUGAUCCAGCCAACGCCCGCUCAGAUCUCCCGUCCAGCGACACCAUCACCUUGUUAGAAGCCAGAUAACAUUGUCAUGCCUUCUAUGAAAGACGGCAGGCUAGGAGGCUUUGUUAUGGAAUACAGUUUGGAGGUUGUUAGGAAUGAUCGUACUACAAAAUGG